AUGGUUGAGUUUAUUUUCGAAGGUGAAGUGAGUGCGCUUUGUGAGAUACAACAAGAAUUUGUUAAGAAUGUUUUAAAAGAACUUGGUAUUAAUGACGGGAAAGUUGAAAUAGAGACAGUUGGAAAACCAGGUGAUAACUACGCCGCUAAUGUGAAAAGAAUUGUGACUAAGAAAGAAGACAAAGUAUUCAAAAUGAUUGCCAAAAUAGCUCCCACUCAGGAACAAAUUCGACAGAACCUUAACACAGCAGUUUGUUUUUUAAAUGAGAAUAACAUGUACUGUGAAGUGCUGCCAAAAUUUACUCAAUUGGAAAAUAAUGCUAACAUUGCAAUUAAAGAAAGACUCAAAUAUGCAAAAUUUUACGGAAGUUAUAUGGAAGAACCGCAUGAAAUCAUUCUCCUAGAAGAUUUGACAGUAUCGGAUUACAUCGUCCUUGAUAGAUUUACUUCGUUAAAAGAUGACAGUAUUAAACUCGUUCUUAAUAACUUUGCAAAAUUACAUGCUGCAUCAUACGCUUUAAAGAAUUUCGAACCAGAAACUUUUGAAUGUUUUUCUAAAAAACUAUUUAACAUAUGGGAGCUAUUUGCUAAUGUGCCGAGUAUGAACCAGACUUUGAAAGACAUUGUUACCGGCGUAGUAAAUUUAAUGGAUGAAGAGAAAUAUUUAAAAAUAGUAAAUGAAAUUAUGAGCGACACUUUCAAAGAAGCUGUAGCUAUGUCCAAAUCUGAUAGAGGCAACAAUUUUUCUAUAAUCAAUCAAGGCGAUCCUUGGACGAACAACAUUUUAUUCAAAUUGGAGGGUGAGAAAUCAAUAGAUUGCUGUAUGAUCGACUACCAACUAUCGAAAAGGGGCAGUCCAGUAGCAGACAUUACAUGCUUGAUCUUCGUCUGCACAGACUUCGAUACACGUUCCAAGUACUUUCAUGAUUGGAUGAACUACUACCAUUCCGAGUUAGAAAAAUACUUGAAUCACUACGGUCUUAAGACAGACUCUACGUAUCCUAGACACCAACUCGAAAAAGACUUAAAAAGUUAUGCAAGAUUUUCUCUGGGACAAUCAAUGGUGAUAACAUCGCUGUUAAUAAGAGAAAGUAAAGACGCAGCCAAGUUUAAAGAAGCAGUGGACAACAAUAUGCCAAUAGAGGAGAUCAUGCAAACUAUCAAUGUGAAUCUGUUAGACGAAACCACUUUGAAAAAACUUAAAAACAAAGUUGUUGGUUUAAUUGAUUCGUUUUUUGAGCUUGGAUAUCUACAAGAAUAAUCUCUUUGAAUUAAACAGUAUUGUAAAGUUUAUGCUUCAGUUCAGUAAUGUAAAGUAUAUACUUUAAUUCAAAGAGAUUAUUAUAAGCAUACAGAGGAAAAUAUGGGUAAAGUGGAAUGUAAAAAUGAUAUUGUUUAUAAUAAAAACCCUUAACGAAAGAUUUUAUUUGGAUAAGGUAUAUUUGUCUUUUCAAACAAGCCAACAUAUUGAACUCUUUACAAGGCCCCAAGUCUGCUUUAUAUCAUCUCAGUUGUGUGCCGAUAAAGUGUUAAUGUUAAUGGCAGGAUUUAGUGCGUUUGACAUUACGCUAAAAGUUAAGAGUAGUAGCUUGUCAAUGGUUAGCCAUCGAGCUACUAUGCAGCUGCCAUUGCAAUUUCGCGAGUCGAUGGUAUGAUUCAGGUACUUAUAAAGACUAAAUUGCUGAUUAAACGCGAUAAAAUCAAAAUAAGCAUAGUGAUUCACAUGGUAGUUUUAGUAAGGUAAUGAAAAUAACUUAAAAAAGUUGCAUUUUAAUAAUAAAUAAUUUUAAGUUGUAACAAGCGUUGCUCUGUUCAUACUCAACAAUUUCAUUUUUUACAACGUGCCUAAAUAUCAAGUCCUUCCUUGCCUAAUCCCACCUUACCUCGUCCCACCUUAUGUCUCCAAAAACAAAAUAAUUCGCCAAUAAUAAUGACAACAAUAAUAACGCAAACACUUACAGCCCCGCACUAGGGAAACCCUAUAUCGCGAGUGCUAAUCCUAUUUAAACCUGAAAGUUGGACUGCCUGUCAAAUUCGUACUAUGACCUCACAAAAACAAUUGUCCUGUCCAUGCAGUUUACGUUCCCCAUUCGAAAUCCGUU